AUGUUGUUUUGUAAAAAUGGAACACAGUGGGACCAUGCCUGGGUCAACAGAGGUUUUGAUCGUUGCUUUUAUGAAUCCACAACAUCCACAAUCUUAUUUUUGUUUAUAUUCAUCUGUGGUAUAAUUCAGAGUGUCCUAUUUAGCAAGUAUGCCAUUUUGAUUGAUGCACAACGGGUGUCAAAGUCAUGGGGUUACACUGUGCAGGUUUUACUGACUGACCUGCUGAUAUUAGAGGCUUUGAUACACAUGAUUCUUUAUGAUGUGUACCUACAUGACAGACAUUUGCUUGGUUAUCAGGUUCUGCAAGCUUGUGCCCUUAUUGCUGCAUGUGUGACCUCACUUUGGCUCUUAGCGAUGGAAAGGCGAAGCAUGCUGCCCAGUAUUCCUACCAGGGGCCAAGGUCUUGUGUUACUGCUGUUCUGGGGCUUGUUAUUUGUGAGGGAGAAUCUGAUGUUUGUAUCAUGGGAGAACCCAACAUGGUGGUGGCACUUGAAAGAUGAGAAAGACAGGGUGGAGCUGGGUUUGUUCAUUCUGCGCUAUCUCACAGUUUUUGCUUUGCUGGUGCUGGGUUUCAUUGGACCUGCCGUACAGAGGUCAGCUUAUGGUCUUAUUUCUGAUGAGGAGUCAGGCAACAGAAAUCGAAAUCAGUCAACUUGGCGCAAUGUAAUGACGAAAAUGCGAAUGAUGUUACCUUAUGUAUGGCCGAAGGGUAAUAUGUUUCUGCAAGUGACAGUGUUUGUUUGCCUCAUCAUCCUUGGUCUAGGCAGAGCUGUGAAUGUUUUUGUCCCCAUUUACAGUAAAGAUAUUGUGAACAGUCUGACGUACAGUCGAGUUGAUCCACAACAGAAACUUGAAUUCCGAUGGGACUACAUUAUGAUUUUCAUUGCUCUAACCUUCCUCAGAGGUGGCGGAACAGGUACCACAGGUUUUCUAAACAACUUUAGGACUUUCUUGUGGAUUAAGGUUCAGCAAUACACAACACUGGCCAUUCAGUUGAAGCUGUUCUCACACCUGCACAGUCUGUCUUUGCGAUGGCAUCUUGGAAGAAAAACUGGGGAAGUUCUUCGUGUAAUUGACAGAGGAACAAACAGUAUUAACAGUUUGCUUGGCUACCUGGUGUUCCAGAUCCUGCCCACUAUUGCUGAUAUACUUAUUGCCGUUGUAUACUUUGUGACAGUCUUCAAUUAUCUGUUUGGACUGAUUGUUUUUGUCAGCAUGGCCCUAUAUCUCGUUGCAACAAUUACUGUUACCGAAUGGAGGACAAAAUUCCGUCGACAGAUGAACCUGAAAGACAAUGAGGCAAAUACAAAAGCGGUUGACUCAUUGCUGAACUUUGAGACUGUCAAAUAUUAUGAGGCUUCUGACUGGGAGAGAGAUCGCUACCACAAAGCUCUUCUGGAGUAUCAGAAAGCUGAGUGGAGCUCCAAUGCUAGUCUCAACUUGCUGAAUUUUGCACAAAACAUUGUGAAUACUGCUGGGUUGGCGGCAGGUUCCCUUCUUUGUGCUUGGACAGUUGUGCAUGGAAUUAAUGAUCUUCAUCUAACAGUUGGAGACUAUGUUCUUUUUGGGACCUACAUUGCCCAGCUGUACGGCCCUCUGAACUGGCUUGGAACCUAUUAUAGAAUGAUUCAGCAGUCAUUUAUCGACAUGGAAAAUAUGUUUGAGCUUCUAGAAGAGGAAGUAGAG